AGAAGGUAUACGUGAGUGAUAAGAAGGUAUCAAGAAAUUUCAAUUCAUUUUUAAUGAAAUCAGGCACAGGCAGCGACAUGACGAAUCACACUAAAAUUAUGGAAAGUUGUGACAUACGGAAUGCGCAAGCAACUUGGGAAAAUGGCGAACUCAAUGAAGGAAGUUCUAGUGAUCACAACAAGUAUACUAGGAAAUCAUGACAACAAUGAUGGACUCUCUGACAACGAGGAUGCUGCAGGAGCUCAUGAUGGUGACGAACAGGAGAGAAGUGGCGGUAAUUGGGCAGUAAGCGUUAGCCAGGCAGGUGAGCAGAGUGAAUGUGAGGUAGGGUCAUUGAACGUUGAUAGACAGGCUGAGGCCUGCGUUGAUGCCCCUUCAAGUGCUUCCUCUGAUGCCUCUCCUCGGGAAAGGAGCGAAGGGGACCACGGGGAAGCCGUGGCUGCUGCCAACUCCCCCUCAUCAGAUUCAGGUGUUGUAGAGAUGGCAGGGAAGACUGCACACUCGCCUUCAGAUGCUUCUGUAGAGGAAGUGGUUGCUGAAGAUCACAAUCCUCGUGGCCGUGACGCUCAGGAUUCUUCCCGAAGCGAAGAAUCUGUUCGCAGUGCACCGCCCAAUCGAAGGACUUCCAGUAAGCAGGCCAAGGAUCGAGCCAACCGCAUCACCAGUGGGCGCCGCCGCUCCUCUUCCGGCUGUGGUCGCGCUUCUCUGGAUGGUGGUGACGUCACGACCCUGAACGGCUGGACUACAUUCACAGCACCUGGAGAUGAUUCUGACAAUGAUGGCUCAAAGCCACGAAGGCGUCACUGGGAAGCUCCUACGAGCGACAAUUUCCAAAAUCUUCCACCGCAAGUGGACAGCGAUGGAGCCUCCCUGAGCAGACACCGAAUGGUACAGGAAUACCUGGACAGUCUUCAGAACCACCAAAUAUCUAAGGACGGGUCACCUCGCUGCACAGUGGGAAGCGGUCCCCACUCGCUCAAUGAUUUUCCGACAGACAACGUGAGUGAAUGUGACACCUCAGACUCUGGGGACAUGAGUUAUUCAGAACGGUUGCUGCGCGUCCUAGAGAGCCGUAGAUCCCGGCGUCAUCGCCCUCGCUCUUCCAACAUUGACGGGGAGGACACACCUACUCGGUAUCGACCUUCUGCCCUCAGUGCCCUGGACGUCUUUCUAACAACGUUGUCGCGGUACCGAGGUGGACAACAGUUUGAGGGCGAAUCUCCUCGGGACCCAACACCUCCACCUCUCCCUCAAGAUGGCGAGGACAACGUGACGGUGCAGGUGAAAACUGGGCCACGACAGCACGAUGUCCGCGUCAGCUCGAGACGCCAAGUGCGCCUAGUGGUCAACGUGGGAAACCCCGCAAGAGCAUCCGACUCUGGCUGUGUGGCCGACUCAUCGCAAUCGGAACGCAAAGUCAAGCGCACAGGUCCCGUGGGUGGAGGCUCACCUACAGGUCGCAGGCGGCCCACGAGAAAUGUGAGCGAGACCAGAGCUCCUCCUGGCCACGCCCGAGCCAAUGCAGCAUCUGACCCUGAGGUUGAUCAGCUAUUGUCUGACGUCAGAGAAUACCUCAACAAAAAACUCAGGCAAAGCGGUGCAGAGGAGAGCGGGGACCAGGUGCCACCAGAGGGUAUCGUCGUGGAAGGUAAUAAUAUUGAAAAGUGUUUCACGGAACGACCACCAGGAGGCGGACGAGCUAGACUUUAUCCAAAACAUCGGCCAAAGCAAGACGAGCGGAGACAAAGGAUGGCGGCAGAUCCCAUGCAGAAGGAAAGGCAGAGGAUCCAGCAGUCUAUUCACGCCAUAAAUGCGCUUCUGAAGCAAUAUUCCUGAGACCUUAGCAAUUAACGCCGCCAAUACAUCUGAAAAAAGGAACAAAUUAACAUAUAUUGGAUACUUUGAACUUCUAUAAUUUUUCACAUAUAUUGGGUACUUUGAAUUGUUAUAAUUUUCCACAUUAUAUCUUAAACGUAUAUCUCCUCCGUCCAGACCUACUCAGCAAUUACUCCUGCCUCUUUUUGGUGAAACUGAAUGAUCUAACGCGAAAGUUUUCACCUCUAUGGGUGUCACAUUACCUUCUUGGGUUUAGCUUUAUAUACUCAAUAAUCUCGACUGAUGAAAUGUAAAUAAGAGUUGUGGAUAUGUGUACAUAUAAAUUAAAAUUAUACGUCCCAUUGCCUAGAC